AUGCCUCGCUUAGCCUGUCACAGGUCAAGGGGCCCCCAACCUGCUUCAAGAGCUACGGACCCCUUUUCGAGACCCGCGGAACCUCCUUUAAUGCUACCGAACGACCCAAGCACUCGGAAUACCUUCGAAGCCUUAGACGAAGACGCGUCGGACCUCGAUUUUGACCUCGAUUCACUACUUUAUUCGAAGCCAGAAAGUCAUAUAAAGGCUAGAUUAAUUAUCGAAGACUUCUUGGAUAUAAAGAAAGCAAUUGCGCGAGACCUCGACGACCUCCGAAAUUUGACAAUUACGAAGGACGUGCAACAGCGUAAAGAGAAAAUCGAAGAGGCUAUAAGGCAUAAGGAGGAGCUCAAGGCAGCAAGGCAAUCAUCAAAGCGAAGUUCUCGCGAUUCACUUCCUUCUCCCGUUCCUUUACUACUUCAGCUACCGAUUUUAUCACCGAAGGAACACGCUAAGAAAUACGAGCAAGCUCCUGCUGGCAACCCUAACGACCUUGACGGCUCGGACGGUGAUCCAGAAAGAGGGAAUAGAAGGGGAAGCGAGUGGAAUAGGCACGGAAGAAGAGGAAGAGGACACGGUGGCCCGACAAAGGGACAAGGAAAUGAGCCGCCAAGGGACCUUGGACGAGGAUACGAGCCCCUCGACGGACCCGGGCCAAACCGACCCCUUAUUAACACCCCUUUUUCGACCCGAGUGCUAGCCAAGCACAGCACACCUGCGUACGGCACCCCGGGAGCCCCAGACGACGACGAUUUUCCUGAGCUCGGAACGGCAGACCCUUACCCAAAAGCGAAAGAGUUAGCUUUAUUUGCAAGGAGUUUUCUAAAAGAGCUAAAGUAUUCAAGGCCGAAAAACGAUUUUAAUACUCGGCUCAGGAUUUUUGCCGAUCACGCGUGCCGAUACGGGUUGACAAUCGAUGAUUACUUGGCUGCUUUCUCGAUUAUGCUCGCCGAGGAAGCAAUUGAGUUUUAUUACAACUACGAAGAAAUCUUAUUGGAAUUGAUUCGGAAGGAGAAUCCAGCUAAUUCGCUAGCUGAGUGCUUUGAAAAGCUCGAAAAGGAGCUAAGAGCAGUGCAAAAAGCUCUCCGUCUAGGUUUGAGAGAUGAUCGUAGUUUCGCUAAUAAGCUAUAUUCAGCUUAUAAAAACGUGCCAGAGACGACUAUUGCGCGGAUGAACCCCGCAAUCACUUCUACCGCUGCAAUUGCUGAUAUUCGCCGAGCAAUUGCUUUUGCAACUGAGAUCAUUUAA